UGCCUAUGGCCUGGAAAAAAUAUUUGCACAUCAUUAUUUCAGGAAAGUUACAUCACAAAAGACUGCCAGAAAAUAAAGAUGCAUCCAUGAUAGUUAUAUAUUUUACAACACAUGAGUGUCUCGGGCCUCUUGAAAGUGCACUAGAAUCCUGUUAAUGUUGCAUCUGCAUGUGUGCCAUUUAGAAACAGGGCUGGAAAGGUCCAAACUGUCCAAGAAAAACAUCAGGCAUCCAGAUUCCUGGUUCAAACGCUAAUGUAAAAGGGGCAAAAAGAGGAGAAAUUUUCCUUUCUAUCACAGAGUUUCAUAAAAGCUUAAAUUAGGUUAUGUGGCAAAUCAGAGGCAUUGUUGGUUGGACUCAUUAAGUGCAAGUUGUUCAAGUCGUGUGGCUCACGUCAUCACCUCUCCACCACUGUGCUUAACUGUUGUCAUUUCGAACUAUUAUAUAAAUACCUGUUUGGCAAGUUUGGCUAAAAGAAAAGGGAAAUCAUAGAAGCGAGCAAGCACAGACUCUUGCUUCAUGCUGACAAGGUCGGGGAGCGAUGCAUCGCUGGGUCUUGCUUGCUUUGUUCAUCAGCCUCUGUGCCAUUGCUGAGGCACAGAAUAAAAAAAAGGCAAAGACUGCGACUCCGCCCCUGUCAAAAGGAUGGGGGAAAAAUAUAAAAUGGGUCAAAAGUUAUGAAGAGGCCCUGAAAGAAAGUGCCAAGAGUCAGAAACCAUUGAUGGUCAUUCAUCAUCUAGACAACUGCCCACACAGCAAAGCUCUGAAGGAGGCAUUUGUUGCUGAUAAAUCCAUCCAGAAAAUGGCCAAAGAUGACUUCAUCAUGCUUAACGUGGUGGAGGAAAUCGGGGACAAGCAUCUGGCUCCUGAUGGCUAUUAUGUUCCCAGAAUCCUCUUUGUUGAUCCAUCUCGGACUGUACGUGCAGAUAUUGUGGGGAAAUAUAAAGAGCGCCUCUACACCUACGGCCCUGGUGACAUGGAGCUCUUGGAACAAAACAUGAAGAAAGUCAAACUCCUGGUGCACACUGAACUCUGACGCAGCUCUGCUUCUACCAGGUGGAUGCUCCUGCAGAAAGACCAGCACUGAACUGUUACACGGUCUUUUAGAGCUCACUUAAACCAACAUUAAAGAGAAGCAAGUGUUAUUUUAUUCAUGCAUUUGUAAUAUUUCGGUUGCUAUUCUGCAGUGGUGCUUUUUAAUGUCAAGAAAUGGCUGCAUGCCUCAGAAAAAAGUGGAAAUACAACUUCAAAUGUCAAGUUCUUUGCAAUGUGUUGUUGUGUAUUAACCACAUUGAAAUAAAUGCAAUUUCAAUGAAAGGCUUCAA